AUGCGGGGUGUUGGUGCAGAGACCACCUCCUGGGGAGGAUUGAGGAUUCUUGAGUGCUCCGGUGCGCCAGUGACAACCGCUUUGGCUUCCUCGGGCAGCGCAUUGGUGCAGGAAGAAGGAGAUGGAGAAGGCGGGAGAGAGGGUAGAAGUGAGAGAAAGGAGGAGGAGGAGCAGGAGGAGGAUGGAACCGCUGCGGCGAGUGUGAGUAGGCAGUACUGA